AUGGUAUGGGGGCAUCCAAGUGACGAGAACGCCUCUUUCAAGGAUAAACUUGCACUCAAGUUCAAGACUUUAUUUGAGAAGGGUUUUCAGAAGAAGAAAGGUUCCGAGGCAAUCCGACCUCUACAGGAUCCUAUAAAUAUCCAUCGAACACACUUUUACCAGAGCCUGAGACAAUCGCACCGAAGAGUCGCGAUUCAAGCAUUCUUAUCAUCUCAGUCGACGCAAUCGCAGCCUUUUGAACAGCACGCAGCAGCACCUCAGGUAUUUCAGAGAUCCUCUUAUCACACGAGCAUACCACUCACUGCAGAUUCUUCCCGCCAACAGACAAACACAAGCGUCAAGGUGCUGCCUCAAAGUCGCAAUAUGAUCUUUUACGACCUUCCGGUGUCCUCGGCGACCUGCUCAGCGGAAGAGUUCCAAAACAGGUUUCAAUGCGUCACAAAUGAAUUGAGGAAGGUCGUCGCUGAACAUAAUGAACUUCGUAUGUGCGGUCGACAUAUCAUCUAUAGUCGCCAUAUGAUUGGCGACUCGAGGGAUACGGCCGUACCCUCUAUACUUAUAGAGUGUCGAAAACGAGAUCUCAAGAUGUUGAGAGAGCUCUUUAACAAGCACGCUGCGACACUCUGUUGUCGCAAGGACUCAACUUGGCCAACCCUGGUACAUCACAAUCUUCCGUCGUCGAAACCGUCAUUCCAGCUUGUCUAUUUAUCGCACGCAUAUCAAACUAUAAUACAGCACGCGGCUAAUACCCCUGGAGCGGUCAGCAACUCAUCAUACGAUACAUUCUGUGGUUCUCUGGUCCAGUAUGAGGGCCGCGUAGCCACCAUCGGCCUGACAAUUAUCGUCGAUGGCAUAAGUCACAUGAUGACUGUCGACCAUCUCUUCAAUAACAGCCUGGGAGAUGAGAACUCCCUUUUCACUAGUGGUGAUGAGCCAAUUCAUCGCAGCAGCUCUAAGGGGGAGUCAACAUGUGCGCGUCAGGACACUUCCGUCAUUCCACCAAGUCUUCAUCCAGAGCAUGAAAAACAAAUUUUGGACUUUGGUCAUAGCAGCGCGUAUGGGAGUGCAAAAGAAGAGAAUCUUAAUGCGUCGUACACGAAGGACCGCCCUCGAUCUCGCCUUGCCGAGUGCCUGGUGGGCCAACCCGUUCCUUUCCCACAUACAUUGGAUUCCCCAGCACCAUACUUGGACUGGGCAUUCGUAGACUUGAACAACUCUUCAGCGAACUUCCAACUACCUAACACUAUCACGCUUGACUCCAUGUCGAGCCCUGUACUCCUUCGCGAAGUAUCGAAACAACCGCUGUCUCAUACCACAUUGGUGUACAUGAUUUCAGGAAUAAAUGGCACAAGAAAGGGCUGCCUAUUCAGUGGCCUCAGUGAGCUUGGUCCACUACAGGAUCGAAGUCCAUGUAGAGCCUGGAAAAUGAUACUGGAUUUUGGUCAAGGUCUCGAGCCAGGAGAGUGCGGUUCAAUCGUUGUUGACCAGACAACCUUCGAUAUAUAUGGGCAUGUUAUCGGAUCCAACAUUAUUGGUGAUGUUUUCGUUGUUCCACUUUCCGACACUAUUGAACAAAUCCGAGUUGCUUUCAAUGCAACCAUUGUGACUCUGCCCUCACAGAACCUUCUUCUGCCACUUCACAACAAUUCUGAAGAGACCAUGACUACACAGCCCAAGUUUUCUCUCAAUGAAUUACACUCAGCCGCUACGGACACUCAUAUUCACUCCGGUUCCGCAAAAUCCUCUCUGGGAUCCUCCCCACUAACAAAGAUAUGGAGGGGUCCGGAUCCGAGAAGCCACAGCGCCCACUUCCGCAAGUUUCAAAUACCCUUUCGUCCAGACAAGGAGGGCACUUCACUCCUGCAAACGUUGAAUGAGGCGGGAGUGGGAGUGCUGGAUGACGAAGUGGAAGUUCCAGCCCUUCUAUUUAGCUAUCCGCUCACAAAGGUUACAGAACGAAGCAUAGAGCGUAUACGAGACUUUUGCUGUGGUGCUUCAUUCGCUCUAGACAAGUUCGUAUCUCAUCCACUUAGCUCAGGUCCAUACGCAAGCUCAGAUACCAGGACUGUGGAUUCAAGCAUAGAAAUCCCGUAUUUUGCGGUUGUCACUGAUGUAGGUUGGUGCCAGAAUACACUGUCUUAUACCAGUCAAGACAAACCACUGGCAUCAAGCCUGAGGCUAAACGAGAUGCUGAAAGAACAGGUAUGUGCUCAGGAAUCUUCUUAUCAGCAUGUAGAAAGGGCUUGUGGCUUAUCCUUUCAGCGAUUUCACAUAGGACCAGGACCAGGCCCGGCCUUGAUAAAGCAACUCAGGCGAAUUUAUAUCCAUAAUCCAGAUGGGGCUAGUGUUAUGGCUCUCAUCAGGACCAUGUCCUGCCGUCAAGUAGCCAUUCUCCGUCCAAUGAUCAUGUCCUAUGUCACGACAAAGAUCGACCCGUACAUACAGAUCAAUGAAACCCAAUGGGGGGAAUCAUGCCAGCAUCAUCUCAGGUUUCAGUUUCCCUUCUUUACACUUAUUUCUGAAGGUUAUAAUGACCCCCGAACCAUGUCCAAGACAGGAGAGCCAUUCAGAACUCGAUUGAGCCUUUCCUUUCUUACCGAAAGCCAUUCGGGGACUUUAUUUUGCCAAGAUAGCCAAGCCAGUCUCUGUGAAUCAGUAAUCUCUUUUGGGAUCGCUGUACAUAGCAUUGAUUACUGGGACGUGUACUGCUUUGAAGACGGUGACACGAGUACAUCGAUUUUUGGAUUUGACUUCGAGGAUGACGAAUCUGGUUCUGAAAGUGAUUCCAAAACACCUGAAGAAAUGCUCAGACACUCCCCCCGAACCUUUUUCCUGCACACAAUGAGUUUGAGUCUCGAUCGUGUGCUGGACCAACACACCAUGAUCUUGGAAGUAUUCCAGGACUUUAGCAAGAGGCAAGAGCGUUACUUAUCGAAGAGUGCUAAACAACCGAAUCAAUUCGCAGACAACAGUCGUCGGCUAAAAGAAGCCCUCCGUCAAGUGCUCAAUUCGAUAACAGUUCUGACACGUAAUAUUCAAGAAUUCUUAUCAAAUGAUCCCAGAAAGGACCUUGAGGAUGUCCCCAACGGCGGUGACUUUGCAGAUGGGAGUAAGCCAAAUGACAUGGAAACACUCCUUCGUCGCAUAAAAUCGUUAUGUGGUCGGCUGCAUGACGUUCAGCUCGCCUACCAACAACUGCAAGCUAAAUUGACUUCCAUAAGUCGUGAGCAGGAAGAGCUAGUGAGGAUGCGUCGUGAUAGAUCAAGCGAAGAGUUCAUGGUGGCAGCCUUUGUCUUCGGAAUUCUCACCCUUAUAGCCCAAAUCUAUGGAGCAUAUGGAUCUAAUAGCAACUGA